AUGGAUCUGAGCAGCAGCGAGAUUUUGUUGGAAAUCUGUGUCGACUCUAUCGAAUCAGCUAUCGCCGCCGUCCUGGGGGGGACAAAUCGUAUCGAGCUUUGUGCCGCCCUCAGCGAAGGCGGCCUCACGCCAACCGUUGGUUUGCUGCGCGAGGUGAAGCGAUUCAUUGCCGGAACGCCCCGGAAAGUUCCUGUUUAUACGAUGAUACGAUGCCGAAGAGGAAGCGAUUUUCGCUACGAUGACCACGAAAUGAGCAUCAUGACCACUGAUCUUGAGAUGCUGGGCGCAAACGGUGCCGAUGGCUUCGUUUUUGGAGCUCUCGACGAGUUCGGCAAUGUUCAUCGGAAGCAUUGCGAACAGAUGGUGGCAGCGGCCCACCGUACGUCGAAGACCAUUCCGAUAACGUUUCACCGCGCCAUAGAUUGCACACCGGUGGAUAAGCUAAGCGACAACCUACAGCUCAUUGCCGAGCUGGGAUUCAACACUGUGCUUACAAGCGGCUUAAAACCCACGGCAAUGCAAGGUGUAAACACAAUAGCGCGAAUGAAAUCCAUUGUCGAUGAGAUAAAUAAGCGGUUUCGACGACAACUGCUCAUUAUGCCCGGUUCAGGUGUAUCGAAAGAUAAUGUGGUCACAUUGUUAAAACUAACGGACUGCCGAGCGGUACAUGGAUCUGCAAGCAUCGAAAAGUCUCCUGUGGAAACUAGCGGCACGUUGGGGGAAAAAAACGUCGAUUCGUCGCCGUUAAGAGUUUGCAGCAAAUCGAUAGUUGAAGACCUACGACGGUUGAUCGAUGAUGAAUUCAGACAUGAUAACACACAAUGAAUGUAUGGUAUUACGACGAAAAUAAAUGCAAAGUUAAUCUAAUGACAAAAAUAAAUUGGAU